AACAAAGCUUAAGUGCCAAAAAAGGGGGUCUGGAGUUCUUCUAGGCUUUGUAAGUUGUCAUUUCAUUUUUGGAAAAGAGAAGUUUCAUUUUUUUAAACUCCUACUGGCAUUAAAGAGCUUAAUAGUGAGUUUUCAUGUUCAUAGAUUCCAAGAACUCCCUGUCUUCUUUCCUCAAUUCCUAUAAAUAUGAAAUAGUCAUAACAACCUUUGUUUUUAUAAUAAUAGUUAUUAUCUUAGUAAUUUUAAUGUUUUCUCUUCUGUUCAGUUGGUGCUACCCAAGCUGCUGUGGAUGCUGGAUUUGUUCCCACUGACAUCUAUAGGUUAACCAUCAUUGUAAAUAGAUUGCUUUGAAGAAGUCUGGUUUUGAUAUCACCUAUCUUCAACCAAACAAAAAUGGGCGAAAUAGAAAAGAUUUGAUAGAAUAAAUGGUCAAUUGUGCAGAGUUUUAGUGCAAGUAUGCAAAACAAACAAUUAACAUGGAGUGCUUGAACACAUUACUUUCUUUUUCAUACCAUUCUGUCUGGAACUUCACAUUCUGUUUGAAAAACAUAAAAAUAUCUUCGUGUUAGGAUGCAAAUUUCACGAAAAUUUCACCACAUCGCAAUUGAACCAAAUGUGAAAUGGCUUGAAAGACCUUUAUAUCAGUUGGUCAAACUGGAAAAAUUGUGGCCCCAGAAGGAUACAUAGCAUUUGGUGUUUCAGGAGCCACCAACAUUUAGCUGGCAUGAAAGAUUCAAAGUUAACAAACAUGCAGAUGCUCCCAUUUUCCAGGUAGCGAUCAGAAUCCCUCUCUCUCUCAGCACCCACACAUCCAAACACAAAGAAGCACUUAAAGGAGGCAAUAGCCUAAAUUAUGACUAUGUAAGUUGUGAUUUGUAGUAAUUACAUAACUAACUGGCUGCAUAAAAAAUAAGAAGCUCCUGGGAAUUGAAUCUUGAUAGUAAGUUUUCUAAAUAAUCACAGUUCUGCUUGAGUUGAGCUUGUAGUGAAAUUUCUAUAUUAUAGGCACCAAGCAGAUUGAUUUUAUGCUCAGUGGUCCUUGAAAGUUAAAAUAUAAGGCAAAACCAAAUAAUGUGUAUGUUUAGCUCAGAUUCAGCUUUCCAACUCUGCAAAACAUGCUUUGCAUUUUACCUUUAACAAGCUUGUAACAGAUAUCCUAGACUUCUACCAUGUGCAUUGAGCAUUCUCGUGAUUAAUUAACUCUUGAAAUGACGGUAGCUGAUGAAGUGAUGCCAGAGUUGUGAGAGAAGCUUCCCAAGAAAAAUUGGGCCUUCCUGCUGCUGCUCCCACCUUUGAAUAAUGUAAUGUAGUGUCCUGUAUUUUGCUCUGCUUCACUUCUUUGGUAAAAUAAACGGUUUUAGGAAAUACUGGAAUUGCUUCUUUGAUGAAGUGUUAACUAAAGUUACAUGCACUGC